AUUUACUUCCAUGCUAUUACAUAACGAUCCGAGGACAUGUCACAGUCUUCAUUAAACGAAAAGACAGUGCGGAGAAGACAAGACGUUAACAGAAUUUCGGAAAAUCGCGCGGUGAUCGAAUCCAAGGUUUCGGUCGAUAGGGUCCAGAUCGAGUAUCAUAUUCUUCUUUUCGUUUGAUAGCCAGACAAAUAAUUGUACCUUGACAUGAUAGUGUUCGAACCAGCAGAAAUCGAUCUCUAUUUGCUAUCAGCGAUUGUCUUGAAGGCAUGCGCCACGCAGAAUGGUAUGCCCUUCGUUGGUGACAUCUGACAUCGUACCUGGUUGAGCUCGAAGUUCUUCUUAUAUCUUUUGUGCGGAGCAGAGAUGAGACACAUGACGCUGAAUUUGUGAUAAAUCAUAGAGAAGCUUGAUAUAGACAGUGAUAUGAUUGAUUUGAUUCUACAUCGGAUUAUCCCGAGGGUUUUCAAAUCAAAUGUGCAACAUGCGGUACAGUAAGCUUCAGAUACUGCUGCUACUCUGCACAGUGGUAGGAUUCGCCAUCUUAUUCCUUGAUCUCCGUCCUGCAACCACCUACGUAACAUUCCCCUCUUCUAACACCAUCCACCGGUUCAGCGAAGUACAACCCAACCUGAGGUUCUCCGCAAACAUUUUUGCUGGGAUCAAAGACCACUUCUUUCCGAGUCAAUGCAAGCCCGCCCUCUCCGUUGUCUUUGUCAAGACGCAUAAGACUGGGAGUACUACCAUGUCUAGUGUGAUCAACAGGUUUGGAUUCUCGCGGAAUGAGUCUUUCUUGCUUUACAAAAACGAUACAAGCCAUGGCCAUUUUCGCCAGACCAUCACAAGCGAUGUUCGUGAGCUAUUACCUCCCCUCGGAAUCUCAUCGGGAGAAUAUGAUUCUUAUCGGGAUUUCGACAUCAUGUCAUCACAUGUUCGGUUUUUACCAAAUAUCGAGUUCCUGAGAAAGUACAUGAGACAAGGGUCCAGGGCUAUCACAGUGCUACGCGAGCCUACAAGGCAAUGGGAAUCGGCAUUUAUUUUCUUCAACUGUGCCAAGAUGAUGCAGAUUCUUCAUAGAAAUGCUACAGAAAAAAUCGACACAUUCUUCACGUCUCCUCUGGCUUACUGGAACAGCACCGUAGAUGGGCAAUGUAAGUACUACUCGAGGAACGGUAUGUGGUAUGAUCUUAGUUCAAACGCUGCCAUUCAUACAAACGAGAGCGAAGUCUAUCGAGAACUCGAGAUCCUAGACCAAACCCUGGACCUGGUUCUGAUCACUGAAUACCUGGAUGAAUCGCUGCUCCUCUUGAAGAAACUGAUGUGCUGGGAAUACAAAGAUAUUCUUUACGUUACUCUGAACCAGCGAAAUGCAACAUCGGUGCUGAAUAUGUAUCAUGAAGACCAAAUUAGAAAAUGGAAUAGGGCCGACGUUAUCCUCUAUGAUCACUACAACAAGACGCUGUGGAGGAAAGUCCAAGAAUACGGCCCCUCCUUUGAACAGGACCUGGCCCACUUUAGGACGUUACUGAAAGAAUACAUUAUGCUAUGUGGAAUAGGAGAUACGAUUCACAGAAGCAAAAAUAGAAUAUCGUUCGUAGCACAUAACAGCAGCAGCUUAUGUCAGAGUCUAGUCUCGGAAGGUAAUUCAAUGAUUGUAAAGCGACAAAAGACACCCCUACAUCUGUAGGACCCGACCCGGGCUGCACUAUCAUCAUGCUAUUUGAAUCACGUGAUAUUCAUCUACCCUUUCCCCUUUUAAGGGGGACACUUAGUUGAAGUGUUUGACUUGCAAUUUAAAGUUAUUAUUGGUUGCAUUUUUUUUUCGGUUAAUACUUCGAAUAAGUCAAGUACUAUACUUCUAGACAAGUGACAAUGAUUCUCAAAGAUAGAGACAAUGAAUGAUGAAAAUGAUAUUUCACCCUCAGUUGAAUAUUGAAGGCUUAUCAUAAUUUCUUUCCACAUGAUGUAAUUCUUUCUUAGAAAGUUUUUUCGAAAAACAAAAGCCUUGAUUAUUUUCUAAUUAUUUUUUUUUCAUUUGUUUGUACAUGUAGUAGUUUUAUACAUCUUUUUCAAACGUUUAAACAACUCGUUUAAAACUUUAAACAACUUACAGUAUUGUAAGAGUGAUGUCUUUUCUCUCAAUUGCAUGCCUGUCAUUAUGUAAUAUGUCUGUUAAUUGUGAAAAUAAAGUGAAACUUAAAAAAUGUCUUUCAUAUUUUAUAUCCGAUUUUGAUGGAAAUUUCAACGUUAUUUACUUCUUUGAUCUUCAUCAAGUUUUGUUCAUAUAUUUCGAUUCAUGUUGAAAGUAAAUAAAAUAAAUUAUUGAUUGUUGCUAUG